CGCGCGCCCGCCCUUUAUCACUUGGCGGCGAAAGUGCCGGGGCGGAGUCGUAGUCUGCGCGCCGCCGCCAUGGAUCGGCCGGUCAGGAGGAAUAAGAAAAUUGUUGAUUAUUCACAGUUUGGGGACUUAGAAAAUGAUGAUGAAGACUUUGCCUCUAUCCCUGCACCUUUAAACAAAAAAUCCAAAAAAGAGCUCAAUGAUACAAAAAGGGAGAAAAAGGAGAAGCAGAAAAGGCCACAGAAAGAGGUGACUUCAUUGCAGACAAAGACAUCAGGUAAAAGGAUAGCUUUGGAUGAUAAGCUUUACAAGAGAGAUUUAGAAGUUGCAUUGGCUUUGUCUGUCGAACAACAAUCUGCAGAAGUCUUUGAAGUGCAGGAUUCACAAGAACAAGGUAUUAAAAAAUGUGAAGCCCCUGAAUUGGAAAAUGCAGAUAGCAGUCUUGUCCUCUCCAACUGCAGUGUAGAUAGUGUUGUCUUAGAUGUUGUCGUGCAAAGAAGAGCAGUAUCCAAGGUCACAUCACAGCAGAAGUUACAGACAAAUGGCAGUGAUGAUGGAGACAGUGCUGAUGACUAUGAACCAGCGUCUGUAUCUGAUGAGGAAUCAGAGAGUUGUUCAGAUUUCAGUGAAGAUGAUGAAGAAGACGACUUUGCUGUGAAAAAGAAGAAGAAAAUCAAAGAAAAAAUAAGAAAGGAAACUAAGGUGAAAGUCCAAACUGAUAGAGGAAAAAAACUCCCAAAAUCCAGAGUUAAUUCUACAGUUUCUGCUUCACGGGUAAUCCACACGAAAUCUGAACCAACACUGAAAAAGAUACCAGAUUUGUCAGAACCAGUUGGACAGCCCUUACACACAUCAAGUCCUUCAACAGACAAGAAGCAGCCCAAAUGGACACCACCAGCUGCAUCAGGAAGCAGUAACAACACAUUAAAAGGUGUUUCAGUUAAGUCACCUACUCAAGGUCUCAGACUUGGCCUCUCUAGAUUGGCACGAGUCAAACCACUGCACCCAAGUGCUGCCAGCAGUUGAAUGAUCUGUGAUGGAUGAAGGAUAACAUUUUGAAAGACCUGACUGUUUUAUUUUAAACCCAAAGGUUUAAAACCAGGAAGCAAUAAGUUCCUCAUUAAAUUUUCCUUCACAAGAGGAAAAUGCUGUUAAUGUAUAUGUCUGUUCCUUAUAAAGGGCUCUCAUCCUGAAAGGUGCUAGAUACCCUUAACUUUUAUUAAAUAAUAAUAUUUAGUUGAGGAGACCUCAGGGUAAUUAGUGACUUGAUAGAGCCCAAUAAAAUGGAUUAUGUAUAUAUGAUUGUAAUCAUCUAAUGCCUAGUCUCUUUUUUAAAAAAUGAUAAGUAUUACAUGUUUUAAAUGGCAAAGCAGAGUAAACAGUAGUAUAUCAGUUAUGAACCAUUAUAAACAAUAUGAAUUCUUAAGAAACACUGGAAGUCAUAAUUGAAAUAAGUGUUUGAUAAGGGGAAAUCAUUGUCUUCCACCCUUCUCACCACUGGGCCCAGACUAGAAAAUUUGACUUUAAGAUCUGUGUUUAAAAAAACGUUAAUCCUAUUUGUAUUUGUUAAGUGUGAAUGCUAUUGCUAAAAUGUAUAUAAUGUUGUGUUUAUAAAAUUGUAUUUUAAAAACUGUAAAAUAAAAUAUUUUAUAGUCAUAUUUUACAACAAAAGUUGUUUAUAUGAAUUUUGGAAAUCAGUUGCAAGGUUUGGUCCCCAUUGGUUCCAUUGAAGUCAAUAGAACAAGUCUUGGACCCAGUCUGGUGGUCUUUUAAUGGGAAUUUUUGUGUUGAUGUCGGCAAUCUUUAGAUCAGGUCCUGUGUCUGUAAGGGCUGGCAUGUAUUUAUUUUGCAGGAUCAAGAUUUUAGGUAUAGUAUGCUAUGAAUAGAUUUUUAUAAACCAUCAGAACUAAAACACUUAAUAUAGAAGUAGUGAAUCCACGGAUCAAAAUCUGUGCUUCUCUGAGUCAGGUGCAUUGUCAUUAUGUCAAUUGAACCAGUGUAUAGAAGGGAUGAAUAUGGCCCACUAAUAACAUCUGGAAAAGUGAAAC